GUCACUGGCAGGAGCAAGGCUGUCUUCUGUGUCCUAGGUGAACAAUGGGUGCACAUAAAAUGUGCGAAAAUAGCACCAGAAAUAUAUGAAGUGCUCAAGAAAUUUGACUCGGAAGGGCUCGUUCCAUUUUGCAGCACAUGCAAGGUAAGUUUUCUUGGCGAGGACGCGGUUGACACAAACACCGAGUCACAAGAGGCAGACCAAUCCCAGGAGGCGGACAGAAAUCAGCCUGAAUUUGAGAAGACGGACUCAGGCAACUCGGAACAUGGUGCGACGACGCCACCGGCGACGGCGACGGCGGCACCAGUGGAAAAUCCGAAACUAGAGAAACACACCUCGUACUUCAUAUAA